AUGUAUUCGGACGAGGUGAAGGAGUUCCUGUGGAAGGUCCUGCUUAAAAGCGGCCUCAGCGCCGAGACCACGUAUCUGCCGCCUGCAGUGCACCCCUGCCAUGUACAGCAGCCAAAAAUGGACAUUAAUGCGGCGUUGGAUGAGGCACGGCAAGUGAUGUACGGCGCCGCCGACGAGCUGUUCGGGCGCACCGGAGCACAGCCCCAGGACAUUGACAUCCUCAUCACCACAAACUCCAUCUUCUGCCCCACGCCGAGCAUGGCGUCUAUGGUGGUCAACCAUUACAAGAUGCGUUCAGACGUACAGUCGUACCACCUGGGCGGUAUGGGCUGCGCCAAUGGCACCAUCGCAAUCAAUCUCGUGCGGGACAUGUUGCAGGCUCGCCCCAACAGCAACCUGCUCUUCAUUUGCAGCGAGAUCGUGUCGUACUGCGCAUAUCCCGGCAAGGAUAAGGCGCGCAUGGUGGCCAAUGCCAUCUUCAGGAUGGGGGCGACUGCGGUGCUCUUCAGCAAUAAGCCCGGUGCGGGGCGCGCGGCCAAGUACCGACUGGAGCGCGCCACCCGGACACAUGCGGGUGCUCGCGAUCGGGCGUACAGGUUGGUUCGUCGUGUGUCCAUGCACUGGGGCCCCGACGCCGAGGGCAUCAACGGCAUCUACCUGUCCAAAGACAUCAUCGGCGAGGCAGGGAAGGUACGUGUACGGCUUAUCAUGACUUGGGCCCAGUACGGCGAGGCUGCCGUACACAUGGUCCGUUCACGACUGCUAGGUCAGCAGCUGCCGCCGUACCGUCCGGACUACACACGCUGUAUCAACCACUUUCUGGUGCACGCGGGUGGCUACGCGGUGAUCAAAGGGCUCCAGGAGGGGCUCAACCUGCCGGCAUCUUGCAUGAUCCCCUCCUUCGCGGCGCUCCGGGAGUACGGGAACACCAGCUCUAGUACGACAUGGUAUGCACUCGGCUACACGGAGGCGUGCGAGGGCGUGAAGAAGGGCGAGCGCGUGCUCCAGCUCGGGGUGGGUGGCGGUAUGAAGGGCGGAUGCAACGUCUGGCUGGCUCUGCGGGACGUCGACGGGUCGAAGCACACAGCCUGGCAGCACCUGGAGGGCCGUCGUAUCCAGGAGGCCGAGCUGCCACGAGGCAUCGAUAAGGACGUCGUGCGGUGA